AUGGAGCGGCUGGCGGACUUCGUGAGCAAGUCGCUGGAGGGUGGCGAGGCGCCGGCGCCGCCGCCCGAGCCCGGCGACGCGGACGAUGCCGACGACGUGGAAGUGGACAUCACGGAGCUGGAGGACAAGGCGCCGCCGCCCAAGCGCCCGCGGAACUGGCUGCUGUCGCCCGUGCCCGCGCACCACUGCAAGCGGGAGCAACCGCCCGACGAUGAUGAUGACCACAGGCAUGAUGCAACAGACAAAUCUCCUAACGGUAGCAGCAACAAUGGAGGGGGUAAACAGAGACGUUCUAGAACGAACUUCACAUUGGAACAGCUUGGGGAAUUGGAGCGACUGUUUGACGAGACCCACUACCCUGACGCCUUCAUGAGGGAGGAACUCAGUCAGCGACUGGGACUCAGUGAAGCUAGAGUUCAGGUGUGGUUUCAGAACCGAAGAGCAAAGUGUCGCAAACAUGAGAGCCAGAUGCACAAAGGACUAUUAGUAAGUGGCGGUGGUACACCACUGGAGCCAUGCCGCGUGGCGCCGUACGUGUCCGUGCCGCGGCUGUCCGCAGUGGCGCGACCACCCCCUGCACCACAACUGCCACCACUCACGCCACAUCCACCACCUUCCACAGCAUUCGCACCCUUCGACUCCGCCUUACUCUCAGCUGCUGCUCAUCAGUACGCCAGUGCUGCUGCAGCUGCGGCGGCGGCUGCGCUAUGUCCCCCGUACGCUGGGCUGGCAGCUCUGGCAGCGCGGUGUCGUUCGUCGUCCAUCGCGGACCUGCGGUUGAAGGCGCGGCGCCAUGCUGCGGCGCUGGCGGCCGCGCGAGCUUCCCCGCCGCCGGCGCCCGCGCCGCCCGUCGCACCAGCACCUACUUCCACUCCCACAGACACAUAG